CUCGCACACGCAACCGGCACGAGCUCACACACACACGCGGUGACACGAGCUCCCACGCGCCGUGGCACGAGCUCACGCACACAGUGACAGGAGCUCAGACAGAGCGACACGGACUCAUGCACAAUGACACGAGCUCACACGCAGCGGCACGGGCUCACGCACACAGUAGUGGCACGGGCUCACACGCACAGUAGUGGACACGGCCUCACGCACACACAUACGCAGUCACACAAAGUAGACGCACGGUAGACAGACAGUCGUACACCAGCACACACACACGCGCACGCGGACACAAGUACGGGCACGCGCAGACUGACACAUUCACAGACAACAGCAACAACCGCCAUUCGCGACUAAGUGGCGGUGAAGUCACCACGACGCUUGUGCCAGGCUAUGUGCACGUUGAGGCCACGUGAAGUGUCGAACGCCCGCCGGCAGGAGGUCACGGGGCAGACCCAGCAGGUGCCACGGGUCGACUGACAGACACACACGCAGUCACCCUUACACGCGCACAGACGCACGCACACGCGCAGGUGGACGCAGUCACUCGCGCACCCGACACCGAGUCCGGGCGACUCGGUCAACUUCGACGAGGAGCGAGGCGGUGGCUCGUUGAUUCAAAGCCGCUCAAGCGGCUCCUGCCUCGGCCGCCGCUACCGCCGCCACGAAGUCCUCUCUCCCCGAGGUGCCCACGUGCCCCGAGACCGCGGGGGUGGCGACGAUGCCGAGGCGAGCGCGCAAGGGAGCUCGACUCUGCGAGGAACCGGGGGCGCGGUGAUCGAGGCCGGGGGGGGCGGCGGGGGUUGGUCCCGGUUGCCUGGACCCCUCGAUCAGGGUCCGGCUGGGGUCCGGCUGGGGUCUCUCGGUGGGUAAAGGGAGUUGAACCCUGGUGAGGAGGGGUCAAGACGCGGACCCCCGUGGCUGGCAGCGGCGGAGGUGGUCACGGACAGGGGGGGGCGGAGGGGUGCCCUGGGAGGCGUCGGAGGCCGGGCGGCGAGGGGAGCGACUCAGGCAUGUCUCUGUCGUUCGCUGGCCUCUCACUCGUGCUCGCUGUGACUCUGGCGCUGGGAGUGACGCGUGGAGACGGGACGUGCGCCAUCACCAACCCCAUCGCCUCGGGGUUCGCCUCCACCAUCGCCGAGCUGAGCAACAACCUGCCUCGAGACUACGUGGUGACGGCGCUCUCCGUCCACCCCGGCGUCAUGGAGAAGGACGUGUGCAGGGCGCUGAGGGCCCUGCUGGUGCUGCGGCCCACCCUGCAGAGGCUGCAGGAGAAUGUGGAGGAGCGCACGCUGAUCUACAACAGCACGCGCACCCUGCUCAGCAGUCUCGCCUUCUACGGAUACGUGCACUUCAGCGGCUUGCCGCUGGCGUGCACGACCUCCUCCUCCAUGCCUCAGCGGAGCUUCUUCUCGCGCCUGCGCUCCGACAUGGAGGCGGCGUCGCGCGCGCUCGACUCGAGCUGCCCGUUCGACGACCCCGGGCGGGACGUGGCGUGCGGGCCGCCCGCGUGCCCCCCCCGCCACGGCGAGGCGGGGCGCGCCGUCGACUCCGCGGCGACGGCGAGUGACUCGGGCACAGACCACAGCCAGGCCGGGUCGGGAGGUGGUGGCGCGGGUGGCACGCUCGGCACCAUGCUGCUGCUCGGCCUGAUGAGCGCGCUCUCGUCGCUGCUGCUCGGCAUGCUCCUGGGCUGGCUCAUAGCCCGCAAGCAAGCACGAUCAAGAAAGCAAGCGCCACAGGCCCCAGAAGGAGACCCGCUGAGGCGACAGAGACAGGCGGACGAACGCGAAACGACGCGCCCGGAGACGCGUCGCCUGGAGACCUCCGAGAAGGGGCCGCCGGAGAAAGAAAAAAAAAACGGCCCCGUCGUCGGUAACCUCGUGGCGCGGCUCGGACCGACUCGCACGACGAGAGACCCGGGGGGCGGUCGUCGAUGCAGCGUCCGCAAACUUCGAAGCGGCGGCCGCGGAGAAGCGGAGCGCUGGAGGAAGGGGACAAAGAUGCCCGCCGUGUAG